GUCUCACCCUCACACCUCUCACUCACGCCUCGCACUCACACUCACACUCCCACUCACACUCACACUCGACCGUGACUCACAAUCAUUCUCCCUCCCCAAAUCACACUCUUACGCACGCGCACACGCACAGCCAUGGAAGAUCUAGUCAAUCUGGACUGGACCUCCUCCUCCUCAUCGCCUUCGCCUUCCAAAUCCCAAUCGCGCUCUGCUACGGCUUCCGCUACUGCUACUGCUAGCGCACCAUCCAACUACAAUUUCGACGCUCUUACCAGAUCCCUACCUGUUCACACGCCUCCGCCGCAGUCGCAGUCGCGAGCAGGAGCAGUGGCAGGAGCAAAGGUAUCCAGUCACCCAACCUCUCUCAACACCAACACCAACAACAACGGCUCGACCUCGACCUCGUCCUCGACCUCUACGCGCACGCAAACGCACACUCACGAUGCAUUCUCGAGUCUAUUCCCCACGUCCAGCCUCACCUCCAGCUCAAACUCGCAUGCUGCACCCGCGCUCGCACAAGGCCAAAGGUGGAGCAGCAGCAGCAGCAGCGGCGGCGGUGGUGGUGCAGGAAGAAAUGCAAAUGCGCCUCUGAGUAUGAUUCGACAGCAGCAGCAACAACGAGAGAGGGAGAGCGGCGCUGGCGCUGGCGCUGCUGGUGCUGCUGAUGGAUGGGGGAAUGAAGAGGAUUGGGAAUUGUUUGGAAGUGCGAGCGGCGGUACGCGCCAGGCGGGCUCGAUGAGACAAAGCAACAAAUCAUCCGACGAUCCUUUCGGCCUCGACUUUUCCGCCCUUGCUCCCGCUCCAAGCGUGCGCAAUCCAAGCCAAGCGUCCACUCCGUCUUCCCGUCCUCCACUCUCGACGCCAAUCCACCCGCUGCUCCAUCUUCCAC